AUGAUGCAACGGCGAUCUUUCUUUGUCGGUUUUCUGAACGAGAGCACCAUGGAUCAACUUGCCAAGGGUGACUAUGUCAUCAUCAAUGGCCUCCAGAGUGAUGCAGGGAAGAAACUGAAUGGAGGAAAGGGGAUCAUUCUCAACAAGCCCACGCUUACAGAAGACGGUGUCCAACGGUAUCCGGUUCUUUUCUACGCUACCAAGACUGCCAGUGGCGGCGACGACUUGGUGGCAUUGGAUCCUACCGCCAACAAAAAGAUCAAGGCCGAAAAUCUCAGUCCAGAUCCACAAGAUCCCACAGAGAACACCCUCCUGCAUGAAGUGGCCCAUCGGGAAACGGCCAAGCUACAAGCACAAGGGGUAGAGGCCAUGCAAAAGGGGAUCUUCUGGCUCGAGGUGUACCACGGAGCUUGGCCCGAUAACCUUGGAUUGGCCUGUAACUAUGCCAGUACCUUGAGAAGUCUAGACAAAUCUGCAGAAGCAUUCCAUGUGAUCAAGGACUACAUAUUGGGGAAUUAUCUCUCUCCUUCUGAUCCUCGAUAUCCACAUUUUUGCUUUGAUUUCAGCAUUCUGCGCUCCAAGGCUGGGCAGCAACUCAGUGCUGCAUUGGAUUAUGCUCUACAGAUUCCUAUGGACACACCUCAGCACACAGAAAUGGUCAUGGAUGCUCUUCUCGAACUCGCCCUUACAUGCAACCGCAUUCUCCAGGAAAAUCCCAAUGAGGAUAACUCCCAAGUUGCUGGUAUUCAUGUGCAAGCUUGCCAGGAAUCAUUGAAAUGCCGCCCUGAAAGUGAAGCAUAUAUGAUCAAUCUGGCUGCUGCAUACUGUAUGGCCGGAAACAAUUUGGAAGGUGCUCGUUGGUACCGUCGUGCAUUGGCCAUGCCAAAUCCACAAUUUGAUGUCGCUCAUCAAACCCGAAAUCUCAUGGUGGCACAGCUCCAAUGCCCUGGCAUGCCACUGGAAGAUCAUCACGUUUGCCAUGGAUCUCCCUCACACGUGACUUCAAUUCUCAAGAAGGACAAAGAGAAAUGGCUCUUGCAAAACAAACUACUUUCAGAAGGGCGAAACAUCCAAGGUAUGACAAGUACAAUGAUCGUCAAUUCAGAAGAGGGGGGCGCCCUCAUUCAGCAUCCAAUGCCAUCUGGUCCGGACGAUCCAGAGGUCUUCCCUGAAGAAUUCUUGAAGGAGAUCCGUCCUUGA